CGUGGUUGUUGUCGGCAGCGGGGCGGUGGACCACACCGCAUUGGAGCGUGCCGCCGCCAGCAACUUUGGCGAUCUCGUUGCAGCCUCCACAAAGUCAGCCGGCUUUCCUGAGGCGCGCUACGUGGGCGGCGAGUACAAGCUGUGGAACCUGCGCUACAAGACUGUCCACAUUGCGUGGGGGUUUGAGACAUGUGGGGCGGCGUGCGAGGACUCCCUGCCGCUGGCCCUCGCGUGUGAGAUUCCCGGCCCGUUUCAUCGCUCGCAGCAUGAAUUGGGUCAACACGCGAUGCACCGUGUGCUCAAGACCUUUUCUUCCCUUGACCACAGCACUCCGACCAACACACACUUUAAUGAAAAGUGUAUUGAGAUUGCAAAUCCGUUCCUGCAGCAAUAUAAGGAUACGGGGCUCUGCGGCAUGUACAUUGUGGGCCGUCCUGCGCAGAGUGGCCCAGGCGAUGCCGGUGCCAUGAUUGAGGUGUUCCAGUAUACCAUGGCGGAAUGGUGCCGCAUAUGCCAAAAGAUGUUACACCAGCAUGAACUUGAACAGGCCAAGGUGAACCUUAAAUCACAACUCCUGUUUAACAUGGACGGCAGCACCAAUUCCGCGGAGGAUAUCGGCAAGCAAGUGCUACAUUACGGUCGUCGUAUUCCGUUGGAGGAGAUGUACGCCCGCAUUGACGACGUGACCCCUACAAACGUCCAGGAAGUGUUGCAACACUAUUUCUACAGUCGCAAGCCAGUGUACAGUUACCUUGGCUACUGUGCCUAUAUCCCUGGCUACGACUGGACACAACAUUGGUCGUACAAAUACUGGUACUAA